ACCCUUUCCUUCUUUUCAUCCCCUUUCCAGAGUCUCAAGCAUCGCUGUGCGAUCGCCUCUGUUUUCUAUUCUUCAUUCACCUUUUCCAUUCUUUUUGUAAAAUUAUCUUUUACUCUCUUUUUUUGCUUUUAUACCAUCAUUUCAAACAUCAACAACCGAAAAUGAAGUCCUCACUCGCAGCCUCUGUUCUCCUAGCUGUUGUAGCUGAAGCCCGUUUUGGUCAAGAACAGGGCAACGGUGCCAUCACUGCUAUUGGCGCAUUGACAAACCUGGGCCAGCCCGGCCAGGCUGCCACUCUCGCUGGAGGCUCGAUCCAGUUCCUUCUUGCUGCCGCCAACCCCUGUGGAAAGCUCACCCAGGCCGAUCUUAUCCUGAGCGAGCUCGGAACCAGUGACGCUGCUGUUGCCGCUGCCCGCGGACUGGUUGCUGCUGAGCAAAACUUCAACCCCUUUGUCGUCAGCGUGCCUUCUAUCUGUGGUGAUGCUACGCUGCCAAAGUCUGCCCAGCUCCGAGGUGUCGUUCCUCUGAUCGACCCUGCGGUGACUGGCUCGGAUCUUGAGAACAAGAACGCCAACGCCUCCAAGACGACGCCCUUUGCGGCUGAUGGCCUCAGUGUGGCUCAGGUCAUGAUUAACCAGGGAUUCUCCAACUUUACCAUUGUCAACUCGGACGGCUCUAAGCAGCAAGCCUCGGGAGAUUCAGCCGCAGCAGCUCCGUCCAGCUCACAGGCUGCCAAUGUUGCGGCGGCAAAGACGACUGCUCUGGCUGUUACCGCGGUUCAGUCAGAGGGAUGCGGAAUCCCCACCACCAUGGUUACCAUCACCAGGACUGCUAUUAUCUCUCAGACUGCCGCAGCUUCCAAUGUUGCUGCUGCUACCAGCGCUGCUGCUGCUUCUGGAUCUGCAGCAUCUUCUGGAGCUUCUUCUGACACAAACAAUGCCUCAGCUGGCACCUGUACCGGCGGCGGCAGCACUCUGGCAUGCUCCUCUCCCUCCAACGGCGCUGGUGCCGUCAAGAACGCCGUCACCGGUAACUUUGACGGCUUCGUCAAGUCUACCAUUGCCGGUCUUGAUUUCGGUCUCUGCGUGCCCACCAUGAAGUUUGAGGCCGGCCUCGAUGGCCGCAAGGACACCGAGUUCACCUUCCAGGCCAUUGAUCCCCUUGUCAACAAGGGCCAGGAGGAGGCUCUCAACCCCAACAUCAUCACCAACCGAAUCCACGACCAGCUGACCAACGUCUGUGGAGCCAACGCCGCCGCCAAGGCUGCUGCUGCAGAUGCUCAGACCAAGAUCUCUGCUCUGGGUACCAAGAACGCUGAUACUGCCAACACCUGGAACUCCCUUCUUGGUUUUGCCAACACCAACAUCAACCCCGACAACGCUCCUGUUGCCGGCCUUGUUGGACACACCUAAGAUGGGAAAGACUGUCUAUGAGGAUUUUUCACGCUUGCUCUAAGAGGUGGUGGAAAAUGUGUAUAAAAGCUUAUUAUUCUUUGUAAAGUAGAUUUUUGAGAGAUGACCAAAAAAAUUAAUAAAAGCAAAAUAAAUUCAAUGCAAUGCACGGCCAUUAUCCA